AUGGUCCAGCACAACUUCAAGGCCAUGCAGGCGGUGCCGACUGCCAAGGACUUUAUCGACAUAGUGCUGUCCAAGACGCAGCGCGGCACGCCCACCGUGGUGCACAACGGCUGGGCCAUCCAGCGCAUCCGCCAGUUCUACACCCGCAAGGUCAAGUUCACGCAGCAGAACUGGCACGACAAGCUGACACAGAUACUGGACGACUUCCCCAAGGUGGACGACGUGCACCCCUUCUACUCAGACCUGCUCAACGUGCUGUACGACAAGGACCACUACAAGCUGGCGCUGGGCCAGAUCAACAUGUGUCGCAACCUCAUAGACCGCAUCUGCCAGGACUACGUGCGCCUGCUCAAGUACGGCGACAGCCUGUACCGCUGCAAGCAGCUCAAGCGGGCAGCGCUGGGGCGCAUGGCCACGCUGAUGAAGCGGCAGGGGCCCUCGCUGCAGUACCUGGAGCAGGUGCGCCAGCACAUGAGCCGCCUGCCCGCCAUCGACCCCAACACCCGCACCCUGCUGGUCUGCGGCUACCCAAACGUUGGCAAGUCGAGCUUCAUGAACAAAGUGACGCGCGCGGACGUCGAGGUGCAGCCCUACGCCUUCACCACCAAGAGCCUGUACGUCGGCCACACAGACUACAAGUACCUGCGCUGGCAGGUCAUCGACACCCCCGGCAUCCUGGACCGCCCGCUGGAGGAGCGCAACACGAUUGAGAUGCAGAGCAUCACGGCGCUGGCGCACCUGCGCGCCGCCGUGCUCUACGUGCUUGACAUCUCCGAGCAGUGCGGCUUCACCAUCAGGCAGCAGGCCACCCUGUUUCACUCCAUCAAGCCCCUGUUUGCCAACAAGCCCGUGCUCAUUGUGGCCAACAAGACCGACGUGGGCAAGCGCGUGGGCGACGUGGUGAACCGGAUCCACGUGGCUCAGCCAAAGCCGCGGGACGCCCUGCCCCGCCCGCCCGUCAUCCCGCCGGGGGUGGCGGCGGCGCGGGCGCGGCGCGACGCGGGCGACCGGCGGCGCACCGAGAAGGACCUGCAGGAGGAACAGGGCGGCGCGGGGGUGUACAACAGCGACGUGCGCAAGCUGUACGACCUCAAGGACCCGGCCUGGCGCUACGACAUCAUGCCGGAGAUCGUCAACGGCAAGAACGUACUGGACUUUGUGGACCCCGACAUCGAGGCGCGGCUGGAGGCGCUGGAGCGGGAGGAGGAGGCGUUGGCGGCGGCGGCGGCGGCGGACGCCGCCAUGGGCGAGGGGGAGGAGGAGGAGCUGACUGCGGAGGAGGCGGCGGCGCUGGAGGCGAUCCGACAGAAGAAGAAGAAGAUGGUGGCGGAGCACCGGCGCCGCAAGUCUGCGGGGAACAACUCGGCGCCGCUGCCGCGCGCCGUGGACCCCGAGCGCUCCCGCACCAAGGAGCGCAUGGCUCGGGAGCUCGGGGUGAUGGGUCUGGACGCAGGCGCGGCGGCGGAGCGCGCGACGCGCUCCCAGAGCCGGCGCGGGCGCUCGCUGGUGCGCAAGCGCGGGCGCAGCGCGGCGGCAGACGCCGAGAUGGCGGAUGCAGAGGCGCCCAAGAAGCGCAUCCACAGCAGCAAGUCGCGGUCUAUGUCCCGAGGCCGCGCCCUGUCGCUGGCGGCCCCCGACUCUUCCAAGGGCCUGCGGGACGCCAGCCAGCGCAACAAGGCAAUCAAGAUGGCGGACAAGGCCCAGUGGAAGAUGGGGAAGCUGGCAAAGAAGGGGGAGGGGGACAGGCACAUCCCAGACCUCAAGCCCAAGCACCUGUUCAGCGGCAAGCGCCCCAAGGGAACCACCGACCGGCGGUAG